UUUUGUUGUAAUAUCUUUUUUUACAGAAACAAAAGAAGUAAUUAGAGCCAUCGAAGGCGGAAAAGCCAUCUGAGCCUGAGGUGUCAAAGGAGGAAGAGCCGUCUGAGUUCAUUGAUGACAAGGACCUCUUAGAAAUGGCAGAUAACCUACUGACAACAUCCGAAUUGGGUGUAAAGACCCAAAUGACUAUGGCUCGGGAUCUGCUGGAAGCCAGCACGAGCGUUCCAGAGACCGUCACAAGCAUUCCAGAGACCGUCACCGACCCAGGACUCGAGGGGUGGCAGAAGUCAUGGGAAGAGCCUCCACCCAACACCUUGCCGAUGUAUCAGCCCAACAUCCAGUGGCUUAAGAACGAUCCAGUGUUUGGGCUGUACACCAAAGAAGGAUCAAGGAAGGUUCUUAAACCCAUGAUGACCUUCAACCCGCCCCCACUCUUCAGUCGCGUAGAAGGCACUCUUCCCUCAAUGCUGUACUUCUUCAGGACACCGACUUUCUUUUGGAGGCCAGUCGGUGUCAUGCAGUUGAAGGUGCCUUGCCCCAACACCGAUUGCCCGGCACCAUCAAGGUAUAGCCUUGUCCGCCAUGGAUAUGGGAGUGUCGCCCGCACCGUGUUUGGGAUGAAAUUCCCGUACACGCUCCUCACAGAGCGCCUCAUCUGCUUCAGACAAGGAGAAGCUCCAGUACUCCUGGAAUUCCUCGAGCUCAAGUGUUCUCCAGCAACUUGCCCCCGCAGUGAGGAGUAUGUUCCCUGCCGUCAUUGUGGGAAAGCGGGCAGUGGACAAGGAAGUCGUCACCCUCCUAACCGACCGCAUCAACUCGGUCUCCAUGUCUAAGGUGUACCGCGUGCUGGAGACGGGUCACAGCGAGUGGUAUGCAGAGAGGAGGGAUUGGUACUAGACACUACUCUACAAGGCACACUCUGCUGAGUCCUCGGGCACAUCUCAACGAGGAA